AGGAUCACGAGGACUGCGACAAGGAUCAGAUCAAGUGCGAGUACUGCGGAAAACUAUACAAAAGCCGCCACAUCUUGUACAUGCACGUGCGCAACAAACAUCAGGCGCCCCGAUACGUAUGCGACAUCUGCGCCAAACCGUUCUUCAUGCGGUCGGAGUUCAACAAACAUAAGAUGCAGCACGAAAACCCAGACAAGCUGAAAAUGCAAUGCCAGCACUGUCUGAAAUGGUUGAAGAACCGCGAGUACUGGCGGGCGCACAUCCGGCUGCACGUGGUCGGUGAGGUAAAAUGCGAAAUAUGCGGCCGAGUCACCCCGAACCGGGUGGCCUAUCGGGCGCACAAGAAGAAUGCCCACGGGGCGCGAAAUCACAAGUGCGAAUGGUGCGGCAAGAGUUUCAACAAGGCGAUCACCCUGAGGGAACACGUGGCUUCCAAGCACACCGGAGCUACGCUGUAUUCGUGCAGUUUUUGUCCGAAGACUUUUAACUCGAAUGCCAACAUGCACUCCCACCAGAAAAAGAUGCACCCCGUGGAGUGGCUGGAGGCGAAGAAUAACAAGGCGAUGGCGGCCGGGCCAGAAGGGCCCAAAGAGGUGGAAACUGACGAGGAAUCGCCCAAUACUUAAGGCGUAGAUAAAGAACACAACAGAGUAAGACGAGGGCUUUUAUGGUCUAGUGCAGUGUUUAGAGGAUCAAGCGGCGAUCUUUGUAGUUGCUUGCUAACGCCAUCUGGUAUCCAGUUUUCCACCGACGACGGUGGAAUUAAAAGAUGAUGCGAAUGUUUUCGUGUUCAAGAAAUGUUACAAACGAGAUGUCUGUUUAGAUUUAGAGAGUUUUAGUGAUGUGUGACUAAAAUGUGAACGCUUCACAAUAAAGUGAAAAUUUCCUUUAAAAAAAA